UCGAUGAAAACAUUGAAAACAAGAGAGAAGUUCAAUGGAAAUUGGAAGUUCACUAGUGUGUAAUAAAUAUCGUGUGGUUCUUUAAUCCGUUAAUUGUUUGCCAUGAAUUUAGUUAAAUUAUAUGGAGUAAAUCUGUACAAAAAUGGUUUCGGAACUACGUUAAGCAGUCGGAUCAUUAAUACCGAAGUACGCUUAUUAGAUAAAAGCUAUGAAAUACUUCGAGUUACACGUCCUGAUACUGGUUAUAGAUAUGGAGUUUUGCAAAAUGAAGAGCGUUUUACGCGUUCUAAUAAAUAUACUGAAAAAGACGCUCCUUUGUUUUCCGGUGUAGGAGAUUUCUUGAAGAUACUCGUAAAUAGUAAUUCUAUUUUGCAUGCUGGCUCCUCAUCGUUGAUGUUUCAUUCAUUAAAUUCGUUUAGUCCCUUCUCAACAGCCCGUCGUUUUCGCGCGGAUUCAAAGCAGUGCGUUAAUUAUUUCACCUAUAGAUUAUAUUGCACGAAACCGACUGAUACAGAGGCGAAUACUGAAAACGAGCCUAAUACAGCCAAGAAUGGUAUGCAUGAUGAUGUGAUUAACGGCGUCGAGUGUAAUACACAGGUGCAGGUCGAAUAUUUUGAAUGUUCCGCACGUGUCAAGAUUCCAUCGUGGGAACGCAGCCAUGCAGCUGCCCUGGUUCAUAUCGGUAAACUACAAUCACACUUGGACACCGCUUUGCUUUUGAGAUAUCAGUGUACGGCGCGUGCAGAACUCGAUCGUCUGGAGACCAAGUACGGUCUCGGAGUAAGACUGAAUUGGAAAAAAAUUGAUAUUCUCAAGGAUCCGGUUGACAAAGCGAAAGAAAUCCGUGUCCAACGUUGGCUUCACAUUGGAAAUGUGAAAGAAAUACAGAAGAACGAAGAAUUUUAUUCCAAGUUACUAAACCAAAAGUAUACCGUCGAACAAAUAGCCACAAUCAUGGCAGAGGCGUAUCACCAAUUGUCAGUUUCGAUUAAAACAAUCGCGUUGGGUGGACGUGUAAACAAAUUUAAAAAUUAUCAUUUAACCGAGGAUUUGAACGUUAAUAAAGUAUUGGAUAUACUUAUUGAAAAAUACGAUUUUAAACAUGGCACGUUCGAGUGAAUUAGUUUACGAAUUUGUAUAUCGCGAAUUUUUCUUUUUAAAAGUGGAAGUUUUAUUCUCAAACUCGAAAGAGCAAAUAUUUUUCUGAAAAAAUUUACGUAAUUAAAGGAAAUACGCGACAUUAUGAAUCAUGUUAUUAAUCCUUUAUAAAAUAAAUACUGUUUUUCACGUC